UGAAAGGAAUGGGGAUCCACAUGGUGCUGGAGGACACAUAAAAGGUGCAGGAAGCCAACCAAGAGACCCGUUAAAGGGAGAUGUGGAAGCCAAAGUGAUUUCUAUCAUUAAGAAAGUUUCCUAGGGGGGUGCCUGGGGUGGCUCAGUGAGUUAAGCAUCUGCCUUCAGCUCAGGUCAUGGUCUCGGGGUCCUGGGAUGGAGCCCUGCAUUGAGUUCCUUGUUCAGCAGGGAAUCUGCUUCUCUCUCUCCCCCUCUCCCUCUAUGCACUCUCUCUCUCUCUCUCUCUCUCUAAUUAAUAAAUAAGAUCUUUUAAAAAAUAAUUUCCUAGGGAUUCCUGCUGAGCAAAAGUGAAUUCUACGAUGUGACUUUGAGACAGGCGCAGGUGAACCACAGUAGAGAUUAAAAGCAUACCUUUGGGGCACCUGGAUGGUUCGGUGGUUGAGCAUCUGCCUUUGGCUCAGGCCCAAGAAGCACAGCCGGGGAAGGAAAAUGCGUUGUGGACCUCUGUGCCGAUUCCUGUGGCUUUGGCCCUAUCUGUCCUGUGUUGAAGCUGUGCCAAUCCGAAAAGUCCAGGAUGACACCAAAACCCUCAUCAAGACGAUUGUCGCCAGGAUCAAUGACAUUUCACACACGCAGUCUGUCUCCUCCAAACAGAGGGUCGCUGGUCUGGACUUCAUUCCUGGGCUCCAACCAGUCCUGAGUUUGUCCAGGAUGGACCAGACGUUGGCCAUCUACCAACAGAUCCUCACCAGUCUGCAUUCCAGAAAUGUGGUCCAAAUAUCUAAUGACCUGGAGAACCUCCGGGACCUUCUCCACCUGCUGGCCUCCUCCAAGAGCUGCCCCUUGCCCCGGGCCAGGGGCCUGGAGACCUUUGAGAGCCUGGGCGGCGUCCUGGAAGCCUCACUCUACUCCACAGAGGUGGUGGCUCUGAGCAGACUGCAGGCGGCCCUCCAGGACAUGCUUCGGCGGCUGGACCUCAGCCCUGGGUGCUGAGACCUCGAAGGCUUCUCUUCCCCAAGUCGAGGAGAGAACCUGGGCUCCCAGGUGUCUCCAGGAGAGAGACCGUAUGGGUGUCCUUUAUCCUGGCCCCUAGCCGUUUCUCUCUCACACCACGGAGCCACUCUUCCAAAGGCAUAAGCCUCCACGGCACAAAACCAAAGAUAAGAAUGCAGGAUUCCAUGCUCACCGGGAAGGAGGACCCACCUGGCAAACAGUGACCUGCAUCUGGGGUUCUCACAAAAGGCUUCCUUCCUGUGCCACCUCCCCCAUCACUGCAUGCUUCAGCGUGACCUGGGGUGAUUUCAGGAGGCACCCGCUGAGCCUUUGGACCAUCAAGCGAGGUUCUGAGAAUUCUGGGAGCACCAUGAAAGCUACAAUCCACAUAGCUGCAAACUCCCAAGCAACACAUUAUUUAUUAUGCAUUUUAUUCUGGAUGGAUUUAAAGCAAAACAUCAGCCUUUCCAGGCUCUUUGGGGCCAGCCAGAGCUAGGGAUGCUAUUUCCAAUCCCAUCGGUGGGCCUGGCUGAGGCAAACCCAUUUCUAGUGACUUGAGGGCUCUCAAGUUAGUUCUUUGGUAACUGGCUAUGUUUCUACUGUGACGGAUGUUAAAUUACAGUGUUUGCAAUGGCAUUGCCCUGAGCGGAUCUCCAAGGACCAGGUUAUUUCAAAAAGAAGAUGAAUUUUGUCAUGUGUAAUAUAUAGAUGUGUGUACCUGGAGGUAGGAGAACGUGUUAGCGGGAAGGGGAAGGAUCCAGGAUGUAUUUUUUGAAUUACAUUUGUGCGAUGGGCUCUUCGAAUGGAGGGGGGUUCAUUUUCUCAUCUCUGCAACCACUUAGUGUGGUUUUCAUGAGAAUAACAAAGGA